AGUUCCGCAGCCGCAGCCGUAGUGAUGCGGCGGGUUGACCUUGCUCUCCACACGUGUGGGCGAGGCGGAAGGUCUUCAGGUGCUCGAUGUCCUCGUGUUGCACGGCCAUAUCCAAUUGCGAUGGCUUCGUCUGCUGCCUUGGCUGCUUGUCUUUGGUGCCGGGCUUUUUGCGGCGAGUGGUGAAUGGGGUGGCCUUUUUUCCACCGCGGCCGCCGGGCUACCAUGUGACUGAGGAUAGACAGGUCUUCCUGGUGGAGAGUGAUUAUGGCCUCUCCCCCUUGCCGGAUCUGGCCCAAGAGGGCAUCGUUGUGGACACUGUGCGAAUGUGGACACGGAGAGGGAACGUGAUCCUCGGCUUUCACUUCAAGCGCGCAGACUCCAGUAGGACGAUUUUGUUCAGCCACGGCAAUAGUACCGACAUUGGCAUCAUGUUCUAUCAUCUCAGGGAGAUGUGUUCUCGCCUGCAGUGUGAUGUAUUUGCUUACGAGUAUAGCGGCUAUGGAGAAAGCACUGGGCAACCCACCGAGUUGGAUCUCUAUGCCGACAUCGAAGCAGCGUACCACUACCUCUCUAACGAUUGCAGCCUUGCAGACGAGCAGAUCGUGUGCUAUGGCCAGUCCAUCGGCAGCGUGCCAUCCGUUGAGCUUGCCUCGCGGGUCACCUUGGGUGGCCUGAUCUUGCAUAGUGCCAUGAAGAGUGGCCUCAGCGUCAUCCACAACGUGAAGACCACCUACUGGUUUGACGUCUUCCAGAACGCCGCGCGGAUGAAGAAAGUCACGUCUCCGACGUUCGUCAUCCACGGGACUCAAGACGGAGAGAUACCUUUUGAACAUGGCUCGGCCUUGUGGGAUGCCUUACCGAAAGAGUUGGCCUACGAGCCGUGGUGGGUCAUGGAGGCUGGGCACAACGACAUCGAGAUGAAUCACAGGCAAGAGUACUUCGAGCAGUUGCAAGCCUUUUUGAAGCACUUGGAUCGCCCAGAAGGGAAAGCCUGGCUGAAGCAGUCGCAGUAUUCCGAAGAUGCAGGCUCGGAGACGGGAUGGCAGCCCUUACUGGGCAAUGGUGCCAGGCGAAUGGGCCUUGGAGGCCGAAAAUGGAGCUGGAGCCGACCAAAGAGUGGAGUCGGACCGCCAGACCAUCGACACAUCCUGACACGAAGCGGAGACGAUUUGUUGUCCAUGCUUUGGUAGCAAUCGUGCAUAGCAGUGCUUCAGAGCCUGAGCCUUCGUUAGUCUUCGUCUUUGUAGCCCGCACAUGGCCGAAGCGGCCAGAAAGUGAUCGGGCGAAGGCAUUGCGAUCAAUCGCUGAGGUCUUGACAUCAAAUUACAUCAAACUACUAAUUCGAGUUGUUUCACUCCAAAUCCGUCACAUCAGGACGGAUUUGCACACUAGAGCAAUCUAGAGCAUCAAGCUCGUACACUAAUUUAUACAUUGGAA